AUGUCUUUUCCAAUUUAUGUUGGAAGCAAUAAAGGUGGAAAACAGUACAACAAGACCUAUCCUCGAGAUGUAAACUUGUUUAAUAGUGAAGAAAAUCCUCCAUUCAAGAAGUUUACUACCAGACAUCCGUUUACAUUAUGUCCCGAGAAUAUUGAUUCUUCAGCCAAGAUUAUUCCCCAAACAAUGAAACCAGGUUGUGAAGACAAGAACGCUCUAUUAUUACUAUUUGCGAGAUCAGUCUUGGGAACCAUAUCUGGUUUAUCAUAUAUGGAUACAAUAAGAUUUAAUCCACGAGAAACCAAGCCAUCGGAAGAUAAUCCUUGUAAUCCAUUAUAUUGGUUUCCAAGGAAUAUUCCAGAGUACUGUUAUUUCAAACCUCCCGUUAUACCUAUUACUACUGAAAGUACUCAUUCCUCCUGUGCAACUGAUAGAAUUUUACCACCAUUUAUUCCAUUACCUCCACCUCCAAUAUAUCCUAUUCCUCCUAUUUUACCACUACCACCUCCAAUGGUCCCAGGUCCUCCUGCAUUACCAAUUUCUCCUCCUAUUCCGUACAAUAUUUUUCAACCUCCCUUGAUACCCAUGCAGUCACCACAAAUGUCUUAUGAGCAUUUCCAAUUACAACCACCUCAUUACCCUUAUCCAAUUCAAGCAUCUCAAGCCGGAUUCAUGCCUGGCUUGCCAGGAUUAGUAACGCGAAAUGGUGGCAUUAAUAUCAUGCCAUUCUCUGAUGCAUAUGCUGACAUGCUUGAAAAACACAAAAAUAAAGUAAUACGUAAAAAACUGCAACGAAUCAUACAUAAGUAUGAACAUUUAACUAACUCGAGAAGAAAUUCAUAA